GCGCGCGGGGACUCAGCCUGGGCACCUGACCCUGGGGACCCUCGGCCCUCCCGAAGCGCUUCGGGGAUGCGGGCGGCGCCGGUCUCCGCGGCUGAUGGAGGCGGGUGGCGCCGCCCCGGGCGCAGGUGACACUCGCCGGGCCCGGGUUUCUGUCGGAGUGGGAGUGCGCUGGGAGCUCGAGACGCAGCCGCCCCGGGGACCAGGGACCUGGCAGCGAUGGCCGGAGAGCUGAGCCAGGAGGCACUGCUGGACUUUCUGUGCCAGGCCGGGGGCCGAGUGCGUAACGCCGAGCUGUUGAGCCACUUCAAGGGCUUCCUGCGCGACCCUCACGUGCCUCCCGGCCAGCAGCAGGAGCGUCGCGAGCUCUUCAAGGGCUUCGUGAACUCGGUGGCCGCAGUGCGCCAGGACCCCGACGGCACCAAGUACGUGGUGCUCAAGAGGAGGUACAGGGACCUGCUGGGGGAGGAAGGCCUGCAGCGACCCACCCCUGCAGAGGGACCGCAGCGGGGCCACCGCCGCCCGCGUGACCCGGCGGCACAGAAGCCGCCGGCAGGUGCGGCGACCCGAGUGGACUCAGGUGGCGAUGAACUAGCGGGCAGCAGCGCGCGGAAGGCGACCCGGGAACAUCACGGCCCGAGGGACAGCCCGAGCCGGAGGACACCGGGGCCCGCAGCUGCUCAGACCAGAGGCAGGUGUGCGGCGGUGGAGACGCGGGGUCGCUGCUGCUGGGAAUGCCAGCAGAAUGGCUGGGGGGACCCUGCGGGACAGCCUCUUCCUGGAGAUCUCGAGGACCCAGCGGCCUCCCGCCAGGAGUCAGAGUUCACUGCGCCUGCCGGGGAUGACCUCGGACCUCCCGGGUGGCUGCGGGAAGGAGCUUCGGCUGAACGAGCACCGGUGUCUGCGACGCCUGUCUGGCCUCGGGCUGCCGUCGAGGCUGCUGGGAGCCCCACGUCCCCGCCCGCUCUCCCGCCACUCCCGGCUCCCUCCAGUGAACCGCUGGAGCUGUUUACCGCCGGCUUCCAGAACCAUUCAACCCAGCAGCUGCAGCAGCAGCAGCGCACUCGAGAGUGGGUAGCCAGAUACCCGCAGGUACCCGAGGCCGGGAGCCAACGACCCACUCGCGCCUGGUCGGUGUUGCCAGACAACUUCCUUCAGCUAUCCUCGGAAACCGCCUUUGGGGUCUCGGAGACGCACUCGGCUCUGCCAGAGCCCGAAUUGUCUUUUCCUUCCCUCCUUCCUGUGGUUCCAGAUGAGUCCUCAGAAUCCUGGGCCGGGAACCCUCCACCUACUGUCUUCCGAAGCAUUCGCUGUCAGCUGUCCCUCCAGGAUUUGGAUGACUUUGUGGAUCAAGAGAGCCACGGCAGCGAGGAGAGCAGCAGUGGACCCAAAGAGUCUCCUGGAACCCCCGAAGAGUGGCUGCAACCCGUCCUGAGAGUUUCCUCUUGGGGAGAGCUCAGGGAUCCUAUUGAGGGCCCGUCUGUGUCUUCAAAUGAAGGCAGCACCAGUGGGAUCCGACGGAGCCUCAGGAACGGAGGGAAUGCACCCAGUUCUCAGAAGGUCCCAACAGUGGCUAAAAACCUCGGAGACAAUCCUCAGGAGGUUUCGCCCUGGCCAGCCCCCAAGUUCCGGAGGUCUUUCAGGAGGAGCGCUCGAAGUGGGAGAACCAAAUCCUCCUCCUCCUCUGAUGAAGAGCAUCUUGAUGAGGACUUGUUGAAAAGAAGCCGGCGCCCACCUCGGUCCAGGAAAACUUCCAGGGCAGGAGCCCUGCCCAGCCCAAGGGUAGAUAUUGUUUUGGUACAGAAAUUGCCAGACACUAAUGCUGUGGCAGGUCAGCCACACACCUCGUGGGUCCCCGGCAGGGAUGGAUCUGCAGCCAUGAUACCCCACAGAUCUCCUGAGCACAGGUCACCACUUGUCCCCCUAGAUGCCAGGGAACAUGAAUGGAUUGUGAAGCUUGCCAGUGGCUCCUGGCCUCGUGUGGAGGCUUUGUUCUGGGAGGACCCACAGUUGGCUUUGCACAGAGACUUCCUGACGGGGUUCACAGCCUUGCACUGGAUAGCAAAGCACGGUGACCUGAAUGCCCUUCAGGGCUUGAUUUCUGGAGCCCAGAAGGCAGGGAUUGCGCUCGAUGUCAACGUGAGGUCCAGUUGUGGCUAUACCCCGCUGCACCUUGCAGCGAUUCACGGCCACCAGGGAGUCAUCAAAUUGCUAGUGCAAAGGUUGGCUUCUCGGGUGGACAUCCGGGACGUCAGUGGCAAGAAACCAUGGCAGUAUCUGACGGGUAAUGUCACUGGGGAAACAUGGCAGCUCCUGGGUGCACCCCGGGGCAAACCCAUCUUCCCUGUAUAUUCCUUAGUGCAAAGCUCCUCCCCAGCCAGGAAGGUCAAGAGCCGGGACGUAUCUAGAAAUGUCACCCGGAAGAGUUCCUUGGCUGCUAGACUCAAAACUCAACACAACAAAUGGAAAUUGGCCAACCAAUAUGAAAAAUUCCACACUCUAAAGGAGAGAGAAGAGUACAGUGACUGAGGUGGGCUCAUCUCUCCAGAAGGCAGAGUCCCCCACCCCCACCCCCACACAAGCUACUAAGUAGGUGAGAGAACCCAGGGGAAACAAACCGUUAGGGGUUGGUAGAAAGAAAGAACCCGUGACAUGGCGUCCUUGAGGGCCAUCUCGACUUCUUAAAGUCUCAUGUGUCUGGGCUAUGAAAUGUCUACAAAAGCAGAACCAGGCACUCAAGCCUGGGAAGAGUCCCUCUCUCCUGAAUCUGCCCCAGGUCUGGGCACAGGAAGGCACAGUGUUUUCUGAGGCAGUGCCAGGCCUUACUAGAAAGGGGACAGAUGCGUCAAAGAGAGGCAGUUCGCAGAACUGACGCAGCUCGCAGUCUUCUCUGGCUGGAAGCUCCCUGGCUUCUGUUCAUCUCCAGAAUAAGCCUUGGCAGAGUGGAAAGCAGCAAGUCUGGAGUCAGAUGGCCUAGCUUUACUUUCUUUACGCGCCUUUUGGCAUUCCAACCAGUGAAAUAAAAUUGUUACUGGAGAAGUGUAGAAUUUGAUUGACGUGAUUUCCUCAGUCCUGUGCUCAAGCCUUCCUGUGAGCAGCCAUCUAUGGUGUAAACAGACGACUUUCUACUCUGGGUAUCUUAGCCAAUGGUCAGAGAAGCAGACAGGAGAGAUCAAGUAUGACCUUGACUCUAUUCUCCAGAGAAACGACACCAUUCAGGCCCUGUUUGUGUUUGUUUAUUUCUGUUUGUUAUUGGUCGUCUGUUGUUUAGCAUCAACCCAAAGUGAGCUUCCCAGGUAUAAAAGCAGUUUGGUUUUUUUUUUUUUUUUUUUUUACUUGGGUAAUGACUGAAAGUCUUCAUCCCGCAGGGAAAAUCCCUGUGUAGCAAACAGAAUCAUCCCUGUCAGCUUCCCGUAGGCUUCAAGGUCAAAGCUGGUACUCAGGAGAACUGGGGUCGCUCUGGGGAAGCGGUAAGGGUUAAAACCAUCAGAACUGUGUCAGUCUGCUAAGUAUAACUUUAUUUGCACUAAACUUUUUGCCAAUUAAGAUUAAAUAUUAGCCUUGAAGCACUGAGUGUCUAACAGGAAGUGUCCCGGUCUCAGGAAGACUGACCAGUGCAGGUCCCUGGCUGAAGCCGGAGACUGACAACACUGGAAAUUCCAGGAGAAUGUACAGAUCACCCAACGGAAACCCAGAGACCGUUGGAAAGUUCAAUGUUCAAUCAGAGAGUACUUUUUUAUGGAAAUAUUUUCAUGUGUAGUGGCAAUGAUGCUGUAUUUUUUUAAAGACAUUUUUUGUGUUUCUUCUGGUUAUUUUCCUGCAUUAAAAGAUCAGCAGAUCGUUAUAAUUUGUUA